AUGAAAGGUUCAAACAUGCCGUGUACAGCUGAAGCAGUUGAUGUUUUCAGAAAGGCCAAUGUUCUGAUUGCUCCUGCCAUUGCUGCUGGAGCUGGAGGAGUUGCCGCUGGAGAAAUCGAAGUACUCCGUGAAUCUAAUUCAAUGCAGUGGUCAGCAGAAGAUUUUGAGUCUAGAUUACAGGAAGCACUGAAGCAGACGUAUGAGAAAGCUCUUAAAGCAGCGAAUGAUUUCGGUUAUCAGAAAGAAAGUCCCGAGUAA